AUGUCUUCCUUUGAACAAAUUGCAAACGACUUCGUAUACCUUUACUACCGUAAGUUUGUUUACGGUGACGAGGAUAUUGUUAAAUUCUAUGUCCAGAACGCUUUAAUGACACGCCCAGAAUACGAUGUUAAUGAGCCAAAGACCCUUACUGAUCUCCGCCCAGAUAUGAUCAGAACAGACAUCCCAACAGGCACACAGUUCGUUGUUACAGAUUAUAAGACCAAAGAAAUCGAAAAUGGCUUCGAAUUAGUUGUUAAUGCUGUCAUUGACAAUGGCUCACCAAAGUCAUUCACACAGACAUUCACAAUACAGAAGAUCAACGAAAACUACUUUAUUACAAAGGAUAUUUAUGAAAUUAAAGAAACUAAGACAUUCCCCGAUGUUAAGACUGGUUACAUAGAAGUUCACCAGCGUAGUGAGUCAAGAAGAAGCCAGAGCCCACGCAACAAUAGAGGAAAGGUUAACGAACAAAGAAUUAAGAAGAACGAUAAGGCAAUGAACGAAAUCAAGCAGAAGAAUAAAUUCAGCGAUUGGACACCAAAUAGCAAGUAA